CACUCCAUCUAACCAUCCCCUGCAGAAGGCUCAACGCCGGUAUCAACAUCAGCCAUGAGCAGCAGCCAGCAACGCGAUAAGGGAGAAUAACGCCCACCAACACAUCUUUCACAGCUCGCACACACCCGAACACAGCCGCUGCACCGACUUCGAGCCGGCGUUCGUUUAGCGGUGGCUCCGGAGAGGAAAAGCUUUCGCAACCGUCGGCGUUUCUGUUCGGGUGAGCUUUUCCAGCCUGCGUCUGGCGCGUCUCCAUCUCUCGGGCAUGGCAUCCGGGGCAUGCAGGGCUACGGUACGGACAGAAUUUUCACUUUCAUUUCAACGUUCGAUUUCAACGUGAACGGAAGCGUGCUCGCGUCUCGUGCCUUCUCGCGGAGCUCCGUCCAGACGGAGGAGCGUAAAGAAAAUAAAGCAUCCGUGCGUCGUCGUUUCGUCGGACAGUUGUUGGCGUUUGGCGUUGAGCGUUUUGAGCGGGAACGAGCAAAACUAAACCGUACACCUUAAGGAUUAGUUGUAGUGCAUCGCCCGUGCCGGAUAUUGUUGCGAGCUUUUGCAAUCCCGCUGCAGUGUCGUUUGCAAUGGUUCGAAUAAAACAAUAGUGUUUAGUGUGUUUUGUGAAAUUUGAAAAACAAAAAGCCGUUUAGUUCAGUUUUCAUACUUAUAUGUACAGUUACUACAAAAAAGUGUACAGUGGCUAUGCAUUAGAUAAUUUCUAAUAGGAACAUACAUAAUCUUCACAAACAAGGAUAUUUUAAGGCUUAAUAAUGGAAUUAACAGUGCCCAAAGGUUCUCAUUCGGUCGGAUGGUUUCAUUGCUUCAUAAAUCAAUUCCCGAUGGCACCGACCGGACGUUGAGCGGGCCGAAACGUGGACGAACGCACACGCCGCUGACCGCACGAUGUCCCCGCCGGAUGACAGCACGGAAACGGAACCACCAUCUGCCAUGUCGACCACCGUCGUCACCGUGGCAACGCUGCUUGCCGAACGCUGCCUCGGAUGUGCGAUUAACUACACCGGCGCCGCCGCCGCCACCGCCAAUCUCCCGGGCGAACGGUUGCAGUCCGAUUUCGGGCGCCCAACGACGCCGGCCCCGCGGCACAACUGGACCUGGAGCUAUCUUAACCUUAGCGCACCGCAGCAGUACGACACGUACGACGGGGAGUACGAGAUUGAUCCGGCCUACCAGCUACGCUACAGCGUGCUCGGCACGGUGCUACUGACGGUGGCCUAUGCGCUCGUCUUUAUCCUCGGCCUGCUGGGGAACAUCUCGGUCGUGAUCGUGGUGAAGAAAAGCACCAUGAUGCGAUCGCCCACCAACCGGUUCAUCGUCAAUCUCGCGUACGCUGAUUUAUUGGUCAAUUUUCUCUGCCUACCGUUUACGCUGAUCGGGAAUCUGUACCCAGCUUGGAUUUUGGGGGUGUUUUUCUGCAAGGGUGUUUCCUAUCUGCAAGGCGUUUCCGUUUCCGCUUCCGUCAACACGCUGAUGGCGAUCUCCAUCGAACGUUGCUUCGCGAUAUCGUUUCCCAUUUCGGGCACCAUUACGACCAGACAGUAUCGGUUGAUUGUGACCAUCAUCUGGUUUAUAGCGCUGAGCAUUAACCUGCCCUGGCUGUUCGUCUUCACGCUGCGUCCCAUCGGCAUUCCCGGAAGCAUAGCGCAGAUUUGUACCGAGCUGUGGCCGACACCGGCAUCGGAGAGUUGGUACUUUCUGUUCGCCAACCUGUUCUUCUGCUACCUUGGUCCGCUAAUUGUGAUAUCCAUCUGCUAUGUCAUCAUCUGGAAGAAUGUAGCUUACCGGAAUCUGCCGCGCGAGAUGAUUAUAAACCGCAAAAACGAUGUCUUCAAUCGCAGCAAGGUGAAGGUCAUAAAGAUGGUGUUCGUUGUGAUCAUCACCUUUGCCAUCUCGUGGUUGCCGCUGUAUGCCAUCUUUUGCUUCGUCAAAUUUGCCGGCGAUUUGGUGUACGAUGAAACGGUUCAAUCUUUCAUCUUGAACAUUCUCCCCGUCGCCCAGUGGCUCGGUGCAUCCAACUCGUGCAUCAACCCGAUACUGUACGCAUUCAUGAACCGUAAGUUCCGGGCCGGCUUCAAGAAGCUGUUCCACAGCUGCUGCACGACCGACGAGGACGAUUGGGACCUGCCGACCACGGUGGGCCGCCUCGAGGAGAAGGACCUGUACCUACGGCGGGUGCGCUCGUUCAGCAACGGCAAGCAACACCAAACGCUGCUGCACUACACUGGCCGGGAGCACUGCUCCACGCUGCGUGUGCCACUAACGGCACCGCCAUUGAACGUGCGCAAUGGUGGAACGCACGAUUGAAAUAUUCGUUUUGGACGGCACAAUAAGAAGCACAGCACGCCCAUCUACGGUUUUAAAAAGAUGAUGCGCGGAACAAAUUUUGCCAAUGAUAAUAUGCAAACAAAAGCUUACGUAAAACGUACAUAACAUAUUUAAAAUUGAAUCUACAGCGAAGACAGGGGGGAGGGAAGGGGAGGGGGAAGCUAGUUACACUAUUCUAAGAAUUAAAAAUC